UGUAGAUAUUCUGCAGUGCGCAGCCUUGUAUCUACUCUGUGGUAAGGGUUUUCUGUCAUUCAGGUGAUUUAGCUGUCAGACUGUUUCGCUAAUUUACUCACUUUGAAAACGCUGUGCCGAAGCUUUUGGGGCUUCGUUCCAGCGCUAGACGACUAGCCGUCAAGGUCGGCGGUUGCCGGCAGUUGUCGAGCGCCGAGCUGGCGCGCUGGGAUGCAGCGGGGGAUGGUAGCGCCAUGAAUAAGCUGGUGUCUUGGUCGGAGGAGGAUGAGGCGGUGGCGGCGACGAAUGCGGACGCCACGGAGUGCAAGCGGGGUGCUGUGGAGCUGGGGUACUGGAGCGACCCUUAUGUGCGCCUGUUUUCGCGUCCGCGCUCCGAGCGCAGGGCGCCAGAGAUCCACCGGGGAUACUAUGCGCGAGUGCGCGCUGUUGAGAUGUUCAUCCAUCAGUUUCUAGAGAGAUGUGACAGCAAAUGCCAAGUGCUGAACCUGGGCUGUGGUUUCGACACACUGUUCUGGCGGCUCCGUGAUGUCACACAGGCUGUUGGUAACUUCAUUGAGCUGGACUUUCCGACAGUUACCGCCAAGAAGUGCCAGAUUAUAAAGAGGAAUAAGCAGCUGCUUGAAAAAAUCACUAAUGAAGAUGGUGAGGUAGCCAUUCGCGCCGGCGGAGCAGAUCUCCACGCCGAUGGCUACCAUCUGUGCGGCGUAGACUUACGUGACGAACCUGGUGUACUGCGGGCUCUAACUGCCGCCGGCGCAAGGCAGGACGCUCCAACACUAGUGCUCGCAGAAUGUGUACUAGUUUACCUCAGGGAGGAUGCAGCUAACAGAUUACUCCGUCUUCUGGCACAGCAGUUUACAAAACAGGUGCUUGUUGUGUACGAGCAGUGUAACCUCGAUGAUAAGUUCGGCGAAGUAAUGAUCCGUAACCUAGUGGCGCGCGGGUGCGGCGAGGUGGGCGCGCGCCACCGCGACGCGCCGAGCGCCGCGGCCGCGCGCCUGCUGGCCGCCGGGUACGACACCGCGCGCGGCUGGGACAUGGACACGGUAUGGCGCUCCCUAAGCGAAGAAGAGCGGACCCGCGUCGAAGCCCUGGAGCCUCUGGACGAGCGCGAACUACUCCAGCAGUUGCACGCGCACUACGCGCUCACCGUCGCCUCGCGAGGUGACCUGUUCGCGGACAUAGACCUUAACGCGUAGACCUGGAAUAGACCGACACCUGAUUUGACCUAAAACAAUUACACACGCUCUGCAGUCAGCGAACAGAACACCAAAAGUGACCUGUUCGCUGACAUAGACCUUAACGCGUAGACCUGGAAUAGGCCGACACCUGGAUUUGACCUGCGCAAUCACUGUUGCCUCCCGAGGCUCGCUUAUAUGACCUUAACGUAAACUUUGACUGGAUCCAAACUUUAGUUGAAUCUGCGGGCGUAGCAUACUAGUGGGAUAAACUUUAUCGCAUCGGUGCGUCCCUAUCACACGAAUAGUGCGAAAAGGACGGCCUGACGUUAUCUCGUUUAUCACGCGACCGUGCUUGCUUUCUUGGAUUUGACGUACAACAGUUACACCUCCAAAGACUGGUCUGCCUAUAUAAACCUUAAGGCGUAGACCUGGAGUAGACCUUCACCUGGGUUUGACGUAUAACAGUAAAAUACGCACCUAAUAAAUGCGUAGACCUUAUUUGACCUGGAUCUGGACUUGACCUAUAUUACGUACUGAAAGUUACUUUUUCAUUGAAUGAACCCAAGGUCACAAUUUUUUUAACCCUUUACCGCAUGAUUUAAAAUAUUUGUUGAAAUUUAAACUCAUAAAUUUUCAAUAGAGUUCAACAUCAUAUCAGCCAUAAAUGGCGUCGUAUGCAAUGAAGGGUUAAGUUUCUGAAAAAGGUUGCACGAUAAUUAGAGCGCUUACAGACAAUACCAGAGAAAAUAAACCUUAUCAAAAUGGAGUAAGGCACUAAUGUUGAAAUAGGUGCGUCAAUUAUACUUUUCGUCUGAAAAUUUUUAAUAUUUUGAGACAAUUUUAGUGAAUAUUUUUAUACUUGGGUAGUUUUGUUAACGAUUUUUUAGAUAUUGUUAUUUUCUCGGGUGUAUGCUUUAAGUCCUUUGUAAAUUUUGUCAAUAAUUUGUCGAUUCAAGUCUCGAAGUCCAAGUAAUCACACACUAUAGUGUUCUGUUCAAGUCAGUGAAAAAUUAGCUUAGCCAGACUAUCCAGGAUGCUUAGUCAACACACUAAUCGUUUACACAUUGUUUAACAAAAUGAAUGAUAAUGGGUCUCCCCAAACCGCGCAAUCGAUUUUCGCUGACUAAAAUCGCUCGUUAGCAUGAACAUGAGGACGAAAGUGUUCAGCGAAGACGUUGCGUAAGCGUCUUCAUGCGAAAUAGCGAUUUUUUAUCGGCUAUGUCACAUUUAUAAGGAGCUAGGAACAAAUUAUGGGACGCCUCCGCGGAGGCGCGUCCACGAUCUAGAAAA